AAAGAAGAAGGCACAACAUCAGGGAUACAAGAGAAUGUCGUCACUGAGAAGACAAUGCAUGUUUCAUGUAGAGAUGCUGGUGAUGGAGAAGGARGCAAARAUGACCAAACGGAAGCUGCAGGAGUCUGUGGGAUUGAGAACAGAGCGUUUUGGUGUGAUAAGGACUCCCAGUCUCAUUCAGAGCUCUCAGCAUCACUACAAGAAGAACAGGAAAGCUGUAUGAAGGGGRRAAACCAKCUGGUAGCAGAAUAUGAGGAGAUUCCCGGUGUGCCUGAACUGGACUGUCAGGUUGAGGAUUCACCGGAGGCUGCUAAGAGGAAGGUCAGGUUCUCCACAGCACCAAUCAAGGUGUACAGCACAUACUCCAACGCGGAUUACGACAGACACAAUGAGGACAUCGAUCCGGUGUCUGCUUCGGCUGAGUUCGAGCUGGAAAAGAGAGUGGAGAGGAUGGAUGUUUUCCAAGUGGACAUAGAAAAAGGAGUUGACGGACUGGGCAUUAGUAUCAUCGGAAUGGGUGUGGGGGCUGACCAGGGGCUGGAAAAACUGGGAAUCUUUGUUAAAACAAUCACAGAAGGAGGAGCGACCCACAAGGAUGGAAGGAUUCAGGUGAACGAUCAGAUCGUGGAAGUGGACGGUGUAAGUCUGGUUGGAGUUUCCCAGCUGUUCGCCGCUACAGUCCUUAAAAACACAUCAGGCCUGGUCAAGUUUUUGAUUGGCCGAGAGAAGGAAGGGGUGGAGAGCGAGGUGGCGAGACUAAUCAACGAGAGUCUGGAAAUGGACAAAACAAAAAAGAGAGAAAGCAGAAGCAGUGUAGAUGACGACAACGACUGCAGUGUGUCGGAGAGAGACUCCAUCUUUGAGGAGGAAGAAGGGGGAGAGGAGGAGGAGGAUGAAGAGGAAGAUGCGUCUGUUUUAUCCAGUCUGGACAACUACCAACUCUGUCUCAAAUACCAGCAGCUCCAGUCCAAACUGAGAAGCAGAACAGCUCAGCUGCGCCGAGCUAAAGAGAAGUUAAAGGCAUGGGAGGAGCAGCGAGCCCGUUGGCAGAGCCUGAGAGCCGAGUUGGAACAAAGAGCGCAGGAUGGAGAGGAGAAAGCAGAGAAACUAGAGAACUACUGGCAAGAGGCCCAAACGCUGUGUAGGGUCGUGAGUCAGCGACUGGCCGAUACCCAGGGCCAGACAGAGAGCCUGGAGAUCAAAUACAGCAAAGCCAAGAGACUGGUCAGAGAUUACCAGAGCAGAGAGGAUGAGAUGGACAAAAAACUCGCAGAUAUGACUAAUGACAUGGAGGAGAAAGAAAAGCAGCACAGAGAAACUGUAGAAAGGCUACAGACCCAGAUAGCGCAGCUUGGAGGAAAAGAGCCUGAACUAGAAACGAGGAACCACACUGUGGACCCUUCAGUCACAGAUUGGUAUCUUCCGGUUCCUAAUACUGGACGUCUUGACUCCAGCGCUCACAUAGCCCGAGCUCAGCUGGCCCAGAAAUCAAAGCGCAACCCACCGUCACGAGACAAACUCAGAGAGAGCUUCAAAAAACAGCAGGAGGAAGUCGUCGUUAAACCUCAGGAGAGUCUGUCUCUGUCCACUUCCACUGUAGCCCAAAGCAAUAGAAGUGACCGGUCCAGUACCUCCACUUCCAGCACUCCCCUCUCCGCCCCACCCGUCUACAUCCGCAACUCCAUCACAUCCUCGCCACGCAAAUCCUCGGCAUCCAGAAAGUCCAGAAGGAUCUUUCCAAACUUGAGUGGCCUUCGGAAGUCGCUUGGCAAAAAGAGAAGUGAAAAAUGCAGCAGGAGAUCAGCCAAGGGCAGCGGAUCGUGUGGUGAUCUAAUCGACGAGCCGCCAGACGUUCCCCCAUCUGGCUUGUUCCACUCUGUACCCUCCUGUUUGCACCUGCCCUGGUUUGGGGACAGAGGGAAAGAAAAGGAGCAGGUGGAGCAAAACAGGCCAAGGUUGCGAUCGGUGUCCAGCAGCAGUUUGCCUUAUCUGACCACCGCAGACAGAAGAGAUCAGACGUUGGAYGACUAUCCAAUUCCCAACAACAACAACAAUCGCUGGCAGUGCCAGCCCGUCUCUGAGUGGAACAACCAACAGGUGUGUCUGUGGCUAAUCAGCAUGAGCAUGAAUCGGUACACCAAAGAGUUCACUGCCAGAGAGGUGGAUGGCACACAGCUGCUCAACAUGGACAGUCAGAAACUCAAGGUUCUYGGCGUGUCAAGUCAAAAUGACCGCUCUGUCCUCAAGAAGAAGCUGAAGGAAAUGAGAAGAGAGGAGAAGGAUCAAAGGAAGGAAGACAAGAAGCCGAAGGAGGGUGAAGGUGAGGAGAGAGCAAGGAUGCCGAGUGACRCAUCGGGAAAUGAUGUCGGCGGGUGUGGCAAAACCGUAAGAACAGAGUCUCUGUUGUAAAACCAGCUUGAGAGGUGAAAUGAYCUGCAGCACCAGCAUUUUUGGAAUGGAAACCAGUGUUUUGUGCAAAUAGAAAUGUAUAAAUCUACUUCACACAUCUUGUUUUUAAAUGCACCAUGGGGGGCUUAUUUGAAUCUCUACCACAGAUUGAUUCCAGCAUCGUGAUUCAGACAAAUUAAAUGUAUUUAACUGGGAAGUGUGUAAUUACCCAUCUUGCAGCGAUGGGUUUUUAAUCGAGUGUUAUUUAUUCUUCAAAUAAUUUUUAAAUGUGUGCUGAUUUUUUUUGCACUCAGGAAUUUGCUGUAAAUGCUUUUUUUGUGUGUUUAAUAAAUGAUUUAAACUGCAUUGCAUUGCUUGAAAUUCUCACUUAACAAAAUAUGAAUAGGGAAACGCAAGAAAAUKAACAUUUUAUUCAAAAGCAUAAAAAAACAUUCAUUUGAACUCGACAUAUCUGUCAGCUGUGUAUUAGACAAAGGUUUACUGUAUGGCAACACAUACACAACUCUGACUAGAAGUAAAAACUAUGGCAAAAAUGUCACCUGCACUGAUGUGCAGAAUACAAAUGCGUGAUCUGGUAAUACAAACUGUAUGCUGAAAAAAGGUUGCGUUUUGGUUUCGUCAUGAGUAUUUACACUUCAUGCUUGUUGACUUGAAAAUAGUCUUUGCWMGWGCAGAAGAAAUUCCUUUAAAAAUAUWAAAACCUUUCUUUACAGCUGCCAAACUAAGGUGCUAUCUGCACCACACGAGAACCCGUCGCUUUUGGCUCUGAUGCAGCACAGUGUUUCUCAUGAAUUUAACUUAAAAACAGCUUAGCCCCCCAGACCCCCAACAACUGUGUUUCAUAUUUGAUCCUAAACGCCUUAAUUUUCAAAAUUGCAUUGUAUUUCCAAAUUUUCAUCUCAAUGUACAAAAACCCCCAGCAAAAA